AUGGGAACUAGGCAUACAACGGUAACGAUAACUUAUCGGUUUAUCGCUAUCGGUUUUAUCGUACCUUACCGAUUAUCGCUUCUUACCGAUACGUUUCUGAUGCUUGCUGAGCAAAAUCAAAAUAGAGAAAGUGUUGAAACAAAACUUAAUUUAAAUCAAUUAGAAACAAUGGAACAACGAACGAUUAUUUAUUUCCAAACACCAACUCAAGUCUAUUCAAUGAAUAAUGGAAAAAUAAAUCAAAUUCAACAAAUACCACCACAAUUAGCUUAA